AUGAAUGAAGCAUUACCGGUGGAUACGGUAGACGCCAGUACCUCAGUGGCGGAGGCAGCUUGGGCUGCUCCACGGUCCGACGCUACGACCACUAACGCAUCGUCCAGCUAUGAUACCUACGCAUUAGCCAAUGGCGAAGCCUAUUCACAAACAGAAGAGCAAGAGGCGGAAACACGACAUGUUGAAGAAUACUUGAGUCGUAUGUCCAAGCAGGAGCAGAACCAGCGCCGUCACCGGCUUGAUCAUGGCGGAGCUGGCAGCGCAAGUGGCACAUCGCUUGUGCGUCGCAUUAGCUCCUCUUUUGCUCGUGUUCCCAGUUUGCGAGGCCCUCGAAAUACCCCUAACCAACGCCAGCAAUCUACUAGUGCAAAAGCAGAUACAUACGAAUUGGCACGGUCCAGCUAUGGACGUAAUCGGCACGACACUAUGCUGCCUACACAUGGGUAUGGCCCUGUAGGCGACGAGUCGGAAGAUUCCCAAUACUAUCCGGCUGCUCCUUUCACGGAUGGCUCAGACUCGCAUAUGAGCAGCGCCGACCAAGAAGCGUUGCAAACAGGCGCCUUGAUGGGCACAAAUCACAUGUCGUCCAAUGAGGCGGACGACAUAUCAAGUGCGCAAGAGACCUAUGUGCCAUCAACGACCUAUGAAUCGUACAAUGACCACCACCCUGUGUCGAGCCCUGUGGAUAGUCCAAGGGAAGGUAUGGGCCCCUUUGCAGACCAGCCCGAAUCACAAUCCAAUAUGGAGGCUACAUUGGCACGAAUUCGGUCACGAAACUUUCCUACUGUAACAGUAGGAGGUGCAUCUACACGGCAGCUUCGUCGCCAAAACACCCUACAGAGACAAGGGUCGGUCAAUGCUGCAGGGUCUUCGCGUUUGCGAUAUGGCAGCACAAUUGAUCCGAUCCCUGAGAGCCAAGUGGGUGAACAGCCCAUGCAUGGUGAUGUGGCAGAAGCAAACCUCUACAAGGAAGACGAUGAUUCUCUGCAGGCAGCAGAACACCGCAGAUCCUUCCCUGCUAUGCAUGAGCCGCCCGUUCAGACACAUGAGUAUCCACCAGCGACAAGUAUGAGUACCGAUGCCAAAGACCCCUUGGAUGGUCCGAAUAACAAUCGCUGGUACUGGUCCGACCUGGUCUUUGGUUGUGGGCUCUGCCUAUCCCACAACGAUGACGAUGAGCAGGCAGCUCGGACCAACCCUAUGGAGUGA